UUUUUUAGUUCAGCAUUGCUAGACUACAGCUCUCCGGAAGAUGGCGGUAGUACAACAAGAUUCAAGAAUGACAUGGUCGCCGAUGAAUACAAUCAAAGAAGAAGACAAAGUGAUGUCAAAGAAUUUCUAAUAUAGUAGACCGGCUUUGGUGAUGUAGAAGGAGCGUUCUUGUUGUGAACGUAAACAAAAUGUCGAUUGUUUUUGUGCCAAAGAAACUCCGAGGAAAGGCGAAAAUUAACCAAGAAACAAUACAGAGGUUGCUGGAUGAAAACGACCAGUUAAUACGAUGCAUCACCGAGUACAUGCAGAAAGGACGAGCAGUGGAAUGUGUACAAUACCAACAGAUCCUGCACCGCAACAUCGUAUAUUUGGCAACCAUAGCUGAUGCCAGCCCAGACAGCACGCUGCCCGCCUCAAAUUCUACAUUUAAUGAAACCUCAACACCAACUGGGAAUGGGCAUGGAGGGACAUGAUGAUGGCAGCUUCUGUCAGCGGAGCUGGGAUGGGGUGUCAAAUAUUUGACCAUGUGGUUGGGAACGAUUUUACAUCACAAGAAAAUAUAUUUAUUAAAACUAAUCGUUUUCAGUAAUAUUACCCAUACCAAGGACCACUGGUACUUAAGCUCAGUAAUGCUAUAUUGAAUGUCUGUGGGGAAAAAAAUUAUCUGUGAAUUCAAAAUGUCAUUUUAGUAUGAAUUGUAUAUUAAAACUUUUUCUAUUUUUGAAAA